UAUGUUAUAAUCUCACAAUAAUGGAACCACCAGUCAAGAGUAUAAAAUCGUAGUUGAGAAAUACUAGAGGUAUUUGGAUGAGAGAUCUAAAUUGAAACAUAGAUCUAAUGAUAAGUUAAGUGCUGCUGUCAGAAAGAUUUAUCUAAAUCCUCUCCUUCCCUCAUUAUAAUCUGAUAAUUAGCAAUCCACUAAUCGAAUGAGAAAGAGACAAUCCUCAGUAUUGAAAGAGCAAUAUUCCCAUUUUAAGUAGGAGUCUAUUGAGCAAAUUAAUACUAAUAUCUAAUAAUCGAUUGUCAAUCAUCAAUCAAACUCAGUGCCUAAAAAAUUAUAGUAUCAAUCUUAAGCUAAUCUUGAAAUGCCAUAAUAGCAAAGCUUUUUUAUAGGUUUAUACAAAAAUUAGAGGAUUGAAAAUUAAAGCAAAAACAUCACCAUCAAAGAUUUGGUAUAAUUUCAAAAGAAUUCACAAGACCAACAAUAAAACUUGAAUCAUUUACCAUAAUUAUAAUAGCCAUAUAAUGAAAUUAAUUUAAGUAGGUAUUUUGUGAGAAAACCUAAACCUAAGAAGAUCUCGUUUGAUGAAAUUUCAUUUACUAAUAAAUGGGAAAGAGAGAGAGGAAACAAUGUUGUGAGGAUUGAUAAAAUGCAAGCAGAUGAAUUCUCAGAAAACGUGGUUGAUUAUCUCUUGGCUUAAGAAAUUAUGAAAUUAUUCUUUUAAAAUUCUAGUGUUAUAUAAUUCAAAGCAAUCAUGCUUGAACUUUUUAAAGGAGUUUAUUAUGAAAGCACACUCGAUUUUGAACAAAUUAUAGCAUUUUUCACCACACAACAAAUUACCUACUUGGAAAUAUUCUAUAUUAAGUAUGCAAUCUCUUAGGUGCUAAUAAAAGCAAAAUAUAAUUUCAUUUUUAUCGAAAGAGCUCUCAACCAAUUCGAAGAAUAUCGUUAUCUAUUAUAAAAGCCAAUACCAUUUAUUACUAAAUUAUUUGAUAAUGCCUUUUACUCCAAUGUAGUUAAGGGAAUCAUGAUGAGGCUAUUAAAAAGUCCAGCAUACAAUAAGUUUUUGACUAAUUAGAAGUUUGAAAGCGAGGCAUUCAUAUAUGCCGUCAAGAAUGGUUUGUUUCCUUACUUAGUUGGAGAGUAUGUAGGAUUGCCUUUGCAUGCUAGAGUGAAAGAUGUAAAAGCUGAAUUAUUCAGAUAAUAAAUCUUAUAACCCUAUAUUAACCAAGUUCUUGUUAUUCAAGUAAAGAAUCUAUUGAAUGAAUAUUAUCUUGAUGAGCUUUACAUCAAAGAAGUGGAAAGGAGAUUGCAAUUCCCUAAAGAAGGAUAAGAUCUAUAAGAUGAAACACACUUUCCCCUAUAUUAUAUUAAAUCAUAUAUAUAAUGUAAGAACACUCUUAUACCUUCAUAUGACAUCAAAGCUUUGAUAAAGAUAGUAAAGAUUAAUCCUAGUUCAGUGGAUUCAGAUUCUACUCUGUUUGUAGAUAAUAUCAAAUUUUUGGAGUAAUUUGAAUAAAUGACGGAAGAAUUGUAACUAUUUAAAUGA